GGCCUCCGCAGCCAGGGCUGGCCGAGAGACUGGCCCUUUAAGGGCCGCCCCCGAGGAGGUGCCAGGCUCUGGCGGCUCCUCUCUCCUUCCUGGUCCUGCGGGGCAGGGACAGUCCUGGGGCUGUGGGAGGGGGCCCUGCCCAGUGCCCGCCCAGACGCCCCCGUCUAACUCCAUGGCCCUGGUCACAGUGAGCCGCUCGCCACCGGCCAGCGGCCACUCCACGCCUGUGGGGCCCGCGGAACUCGACCAGGGCGAGAUCUGGAGUGUUGAGCGCCAGCCCCGUCUGUGGAGGCCCGGAUCCACGCAGCUUUCCCACGCCUUCGGCAUCCCCAGCCCACCUGUCCCGCCACAUCUGGACUUGGGCUGGGCUGGAGCUGGGCUCCCCAGGGCAUGCUGGUCGGGAGGGGGUGGGGGGAGAAAGGAAUUGGCAUCUGACACCUCCCCUCCCCCCUCACAAGGGCUGGGCGUUCCCUGCUGCUGCCCCCCACUUGGAGCCCCUGGAGAAGGGGAUGGGAGGAGGCGAGAGCUCCCCGCCCUCACUCCCCGCUGGGGGCUGCUUCCUCAGCAGGACCCGGCAGCCCGGCGCAGAAGCCAGCUCCAGCGCAGGCAGAGCUUUGCAGUGCUCCGAGGAGCUGUCCUGGGACUACAGGAUGAUGGCAGGGACAAUGGUGACAUACCUGACGCCAGCUCUGAGCCAGUGGUGGAACUCGCUGGUGAGGAGCAGCCCCAGGGGGACCAGCCAGAUGGGCAAGGGCCCCAGAGUCCCAAGAAACAGGAGCAGAGACAGCACCUGCACCUCAUGGUGGAACUGCUGAGGCCACAAGAUGACAUCCACCUGGCAGCCCAGCUGGAGGCCGCCCGACCCCCAAGGCUCCGAUACCUGCUGGUGGUUUCCACGAGUGAAUGUGUCAAUCAGGAGGAGACAGUCCUCCUGGGUGUAGAUUUUCCUGAUGGCAGCUCUCCCAGCUGCACCCUGGGCCUGGUCUUACCCCUCUGGAGUGACACCCAAGUGUUUCUAGAUGGAGAUGGGGGCUUCAGUGUGACAUCUGGAGGGCAGAGCCGAAUCUUCAAGCCCAUCUCUAUCCAGACCAUGUGGGCCACUCUCCAGGUGCUGCACCAGGCGUGUGAGGCAGCUCUAGCCAGCGGUCUUGUGCCUGGUGGGAGUGCCCUCGCAUGGGCUGCCCACUACCAGGAGAGACUGAACUCUGACCAGAGCUGCCUCAAUGAGUGGACGGCCAUGGCUGACCUGGAAUCCCUGAGACCCCCCAGUGCGGAGCCUGGCCGGCCCUCAGAGCAGGAACAGAUGGAGCAGGCGAUCCGGGCCGAGUUAUGGGAGGUGCUGGACACCAGUGACCUGGAUAGCAUCACUUCCAAAGAGAUCCGCCAGGCCCUGGAGCUGCGCCUGGGGUGCCCUCUCCAGCAGUACCGUGACUUCAUCGACAACCAGAUGCUGCUGCUCAUGGCUCAGCAAGACCGUGCCUCCCGCAUCUUCCCCCACCUCUACCUGGGCUCUGAGUGGAAUGCGGCCAACCUGGAGGAGCUACAGAGAAACAGGGUCAGCCACAUCUUGAACAUGGCCCGGGAGAUCGACAACUUCUUCCCUGACCGCUUCGUCUACUACAAUGUGCGCCUCUGGGAUGAGGAGUCAGCGCAGCUGCUGCCCCACUGGAAGGAGACUCAUCGCUUCAUUGAGGCUGCGAGAACCCAGGGCACCCGGGUGCUGGUUCACUGCAAGAUGGGCGUCAGCCGCUCGGCUGCCACGGUAUUGGCCUAUGCCAUGAAGCAGUAUGGCUGGAGCCUGGAGCAGGCUCUGCUGCAUGUCCAGGAGCUCCGGCCCAUCAUCCGCCCCAACCCCGGCUUCCUGCGCCAGCUGCAGACCUACCAGGGCAUCCUGACUGCCAGCCGCCAGAGCCAGGUCUGGGAGCAGAAAGUGGGUGGGAGCUCUGCAGAGGAGCCCUUGGCCCCUGAAGUCUCUAUAUCACUCCCGCCACUCCCACCAGAACUGGGGGGCAGUGGGGUGGCGAAGGUUACAGGCUUGGAAGAGAGCCAGGCAACCCCAAAAGAAGAGUCUGGGCUGCGGCCCCGAAUCAACCUCCGAGGGAUCAUGCGAUCCAUCAGUCUCCUGGAGCCCACUUCAGAGCCGGAGAGUACCUUGGAGGAGGCUAGUAAUCUGCCAGAGGUUUUCUCCUCCCAUGAGUCUUCCGAUGAGGAGCCUCCACAGCACUUCCCUCAGCUCCCAAGGCCCGAGGGAGGCCCCAGGGUCCAUAAGGGGCCUUGGCCUGCCCUGAAAUCCCGCCAGUCUGUGGUUGCCCUCCAGACCGCUGCCCUGGUGGCCAGACGGACUCAGGCCUUCCAGGAGCAGGGGCGGGGAGAGGCUGGCCUGUCCUCCACAGGCAGGCUCCGGAAGAUGGUGAGGCAGGCCAGUGUGGAUGACAGUGGAGAAGAGGGUGGGGCCUGAGCCCUCACACAUACUCACAUCCCCCUAGACACUAAAACGGGUGAUCCACGGCUCCUGGAACAAGUUCCUCACACCCUCUGUGGGCCCCAGACCCCUGUCUCCACAGUCUCACGUCCCACCACCUUACAUCUCAGACCACGUCCUGUCAAGGGCUCAAGACUUCCAGGGGCUGGGGGUUUAGCUCAGCGGCAUAAGUGCCUGCCUUGCAAGCAGGCAGUCAUGAGUUCGAUCCCCAGUACCGAUAAAAAGGAAAAAGACAAAAAAAAAAAAAAAAAGAUUUCCUCUACACUGGGGAUGUGGUAGAGCUACUAAAGGUGCCUUUGGGGAUGAGACCACCCUGGUUUUACUCUCAGCUUGGCCUAAAACACUUGCAGCCAGAAAAUCAAAAAAAAAGAACUUUUCAUGGCAGUUUUCCUGGCUCACCCUCCUAAUCCCCCCACUUUCCCCCAUUUCACUCCGGGAGUCAUCCAGGCCAGAGAUCAUGGCCCCCAAAGGCAGACAGAACCUUUAGGGCCCUGCCCUGGAGGCUCUGGGAACAUUGCCAGGUCACCUCCCUCACACACCUCACAAAUGGCCCCCACUGCCCCCAGUCCUCCCACGGCCCACACUGGGUCACAGGGCACCUGGCCAAAGUCUUGUCUUUCAUGGCCUCUGGCCAGGCAGUUUUUCAUGUUCUUAUAGUAUCUGGCUUUAUACUGAGAAAUAAAAAACAUUUUCAUAGUAA